AUGUCUCUUACAUUAAAGAUUAAAAUUGUUAGAGACAAUCAGGUCAAGGCGAUGAAAUUCGCUCCAACCAUGUUUGUUCAUGAAGCAUGUCAACAAAUCCGUGAAAGAAUUAAUGAUACAGGUGAUGACCACGGUCUCUUUCAACCGGGUGUUGAAGGCAAGAGACCAUCACGUUGGUUGAAAAUGGAUAAAUCUCUCCAAUCCUAUGAUUUAAAGAUGAAUGAUGAAUUAGAUUAUAAAAAGAAACAUAGAGCCUUAAAAGUACGUUUAAUGGAUGAAACAUUAAAGACAUUGUUGGUAGAUGACAGUUUGACAGUUGGAGAGAUUGUAGAGAUUGUUGGUAAGAGAAUUGGUAUCAAGAACCACGAAGAAUUCUCUUUGCAACCAGAAGGCAGCAACGAUUGGUUGAAUCAUGCCCAAGCACUCCACGAACAGGGUGUCUCUGACGAAGCCAUUGUAUUGCUCAAAAAGAAGUUCUUUGUCGACGAUUUCAACGUCAACCGUGACGACCCCAUCCAAUUGCAUUUGGUGUAUGUGCAGUCACGUGAUGCCAUCGUCUCUGGCUCGCAUCCAUGCUCGUACGAUGAGGCCAUCCAAUUCGCCGCCCUCCAAUCGCAAAUUCAAUUGGGCAAUCACAACACUGCCGUUCACAAGCCCGGAUAUUUAAAGAUCAAAGAGUAUAUGCCACCAUCGUUCCACAAGAAAAAGGAUGCUGAAAAAGACAUUUACAAGGAAUUCAGAAAGCUCGUUGGUAUGACCGAGUCCAACUCCAAGUUCCGUUAUGUUCAACUUUGUCGUUCCCUUAAAACUUAUGGUAUCACUUUUUUCCAAACAAAGGAAAGAGUAAAAGGACAAAAGAAACCAUUACCAAAAUUAUUGGGUAUUACUAGAGACUCUAUUUUGAGACUUGAUGCAGAGACUAAAGAGGUUGAGCAUGAAUACCCAUUGAACCAUCUACGUAGAUGGGCAGCUUCGCCAGCUUCGUUUACUCUUGAUUUUGGUGACUAUGAAGAAGACUAUGUGUCGGUCAUUACCACCGAAGGUGAGGCAAUCUCUCAGUUGCUGUCUGGUUACAUUGAGAUUUUAAUGAAGAAGCGUAAAGACACGAGUGUUGUGGUCGAGGAGAACGACAGCGACAUUGCAUCGGUCGAGUCGAUUGGUCGUAUCAAGGGCCAGUCUUCACAGACCACCACAUCGUCGUCGUUGUCUGGUAUGGAUGGACACGGCGGUCGUGAGGGUCAGUACCAGGUACCCGGCCAGUCAAUCGGCUACCGUGGUGGUUUGGGUGGUCCACUCUCGAUCAAGGUGACCAACAUUGACAGCGCUUCGGCUGCCGUUGCCAAUCUCCUCAACGAGAUGGAGUUGGCUCCCGACUCUGUGAUUGGUGCCAAGUCAUCACUCACCCCACAACAAUGGCGUCAACAAUUGGCUAUCCACGCCAAGGCUGUUGCUGCCGCUGCCGGCAAGUUGCUCGGCAACCUCAACAACCCCAACGGCAUGGACCGUGGCCAACUCGACGCCAACUCCAAGGACGUUGCUCUCACCAUCGAUCAACUCGUCCACGCUGCCCGUGCUGCAUCCAUUGCCUCGGGUGAAGAUCCUGAUGGCGAGAUGCCCCUUUUCGACGGUGCUAAAGCUGUCGCAGAGGCCAUUAGCAAGCUCCUCAAGGCCACCAAGGAAAUCUCCUCCAACCCCAACGACGAGAACGCCAAGAACCUCGUUCAACAAGCUGCCGAACAGUUGCGUCUCAUGACUGCCUAUUUGGACGGUGCUUGCAACGGCAAUAUCACCGAUCAAGGUACACUCCGUCUCUUGCUCGAGUCGGGCAAGGCUAUCGCCGCCGCCACCCAAGAUCUCGUCAACCAGUCGCGUGUCUAUGCCCCACAAAUCGCCGACAAUAUCCGUCGUAACCACUUUAACGGUGCCAACGACGAGGUUAUGCGUGCUGGUGUCACUGCAUCGGCCACGGCACAAGCUUUGGCUGCCACUAUCCUCGACCCAAGUUGUCGUAAUCAAGUCAACCAAUCUGCCAAGUCUGCACAAGACGCCAUCAACAUGUUGCUCGCCUCGGCCAAGGCUGCUGGUAUCGAGCCAAGCGCUCUCGAGCGUAUGCGUGCUGCCGCCAAGAUCAUCGCCGAUGCCUACGGCCAUCUCUUGCAAUCGGCCGAUCUCGCCCUACCCAAGGGUGGCGACGACGUUGAGUUUUCCAACGCUGCCAAGUCGAUCCUCGGUGCCACCGCCCAAUUGCUCGGUUCACAAGGACGUCCAGAUGUCAUUCUCGGUGCCUCCAAGUCGAUUGAAGAGUCAAUGAUCCACCUCAUUGCCGGUGCCAAGCGUGCCACACUCAAGACUGACGACCCCGCCGUUCGUGAGCGUCUCAUUCAAUGCUCCAAGGCUGUCGCUGAAGCUGCCCGUCAUCUCGUCGAGGUUGCCCAGUUUGCUGCCGAGAAUCCAGAGGACAAGACCGCCUUUGCCAAGUUGCAAGAGGCUUCCAAGCGUCUCGCCAUGGCCACCAAGCAGCUCGUAGGUGACGCUGGCAAGGAAGAGGCAUUCACUGCACUCCGUACCAACGCCAAGCUCGCCUGUGCUGCCACCACUGGUCUUGCCACCACCUCCAAGCAGGUCACACCAUCUCUCCCAGACGCUGACGCUGCCCGUGUCAGCAACGCCAUUGCCAAGGCCAACCAAGAGGUUACCAACCUUCUCCAAGCCAUCGCUAGAAGCCAGGCCAACCCCAACGACCUCGCAUCACAAAAUGCUUUGGUCGACCAGGUCAAGAUCUCUGCACCCAUUGCCUACCAACUCGUUGCCGACGCCAAGGCAUCGAUCCCCAAGGUACAAGACCCAGUCCUCAAGAACGAGCUUACCAACAGCUCUGUCGUGGCCGGUGAUGCCAUCAAGGCACUCCUCGACUCUGUCCAAGACCUCACCUCGGCCGUCGGUCAACAAGAGUUUGACGAUGCACUCGAGCAGGUACAAGCCCUCGAGGCUGAAAUGGAGGCCCAAUCCUAUGCCGCCCAAAACGGCCUUCUCCAAUCACUCCCAGGUCAAACCCGUGAGAAUGCCAUGGAGUUGUUGAACGUCGCUGCCCGUGCACUCGGAAAUGCUGCCAAGCAAGUCUUGUUGCAGUACAAGACCUCGCCCGAUCAACUCGGAAACACCUCUCGCGACCUCUCUAGCGCUGUCGCUCAGGUCACCAACGCCGCCAAGGCUGUCUCUGCCACCUCGCAGAACCGUUCCGUGCAACGUUCGGUACUCGGUGCUGCCAAGCAGAUUACCACCGAGUCUGCCAAUCUUGUCAGUUGUGCUCGUGCCGUCUCCUCCAACCCAGGUGACGCACCACUCGAGCUUGCCCUCCAAUCGUCUGUCAAGUCGAUUGCCGAGGCUCUUGCCGCUUUGCUCGCCACCUCCAAGGGAGGUGACCCAGGAGGCAAGGAGUUGGACGAAGCUAUCGAGCAGAUCAAGAACGAUAUGAAGCGUAUCAACAACCCACCAGUCAAUCUUGGUGGCGAGUAUGGUAUCAACUCUGAACGUGCCAUCUCUUCGAGCAAGGCAUUGAUGGCCGCCACCUCACAAACUGCCGCCAACGCCCGUUCCAAUCCAUCGGCUCUCGGCGCAUCCUCCAAGACUUCUUCAUCAACCUUUACCCAGUUGGUUGAUACUAUCAACGUUGCUACUGGCUCGUGUCCAAACAAACCAUUGGCUUCAGAGAUUGCCAAGCUCUCGACACAGUUGGGUCACGACUCUAUCAAGUUGCUCCAAGCAUCACGUUUUGCUGCCGCCCGUCCAGGUGAAGGUGAAGCCGAGUUGUCCAACUCGCAAACCACCGUACAAAACACACUCAAGGCUAUGAUCCACACGAUCCAAUCGGCCGUACCAGGUCAAGCCGAGAUUGCAGAGGCCAUCGAGAUUGUCAAGCAAUGUAUCGUCCAAUUAAACUCUGGUGACAUUAACAAUGCCAUCGUGUCGGACGCUCUCAAGGAGUUGGCCAAGGCUGCCAAGGAAUUGGCCGAUCACAGCUCACAAGUUGUCGUCAGCAAGUCGCAAUCUGAGCGUAUGGGUGCCAACUGCAAGUCUGCAGCCAAGGAUCUCAAGUACAUUGUCGAAUGCACCAAGUCUGCCAUCUACGGCACCUCUGGUGAACAACACCCAGACAGUUUGGUCACUUUGGCCGGCAAGCUCGAGUCUGCCUCCACCAUCUUGGCUGCCUCGUGCAACAAGCGUCAAUUGGCCGACCAAGACCGCAAGGAUGCCGCCAUCAACGCCAAGAACCUCGCUCUCGGUGUCCAAAACCUCAUGAAUGCUGCACGUAAGCUCUCAGAGACUGCCAAGAAUGCCGGCAACAUGGAAGCCAGCAAGCAAAUCUUGUUGGUUGCCCAAAACGUCGCCAACGACUCGACCAAGCUCAUCAACCAAGCCAAGUCUGUUGCCUCUGGUACCCUCGCCGACCAAGAACAAGUCGCCGAAGCCAAGCGUGGUAUCACUGAACAUAUCCGUGAAUUGCUCAAGGUUGUUGAAGGUGUUGAUACUGGUUCAACCGUCUCUAUUGACCUCGACUCUCUCUCUCCAUCUGAACAAGCCUUACUCGAUGCCUCACGUUCAACUGCCAACUCCAUGUCACAAUUCAUGUCUGUUAGCAAGACAGUUUCAACUGGUACCAAGGAUCCAAACGUUCAUCAUCAAUUCUCAAAUGCUGCUCAAUCAGUUUCUGCUGCCGUUCAAAGUUUGUUGGCUGCCAUCAAUGGUAUGCGUCCAGAACAAAAAGAGAUUGACGAGUCUAUUGAGAUUAUCCAACAAGCUGUUGUUGACUUGGACUCUGCUUCACUCAAUGCUGCUAUUGGUUUGCUCGAAAACACUGCACCACCAGGCAAGACUGCUCAAGGAUGUCAAGAAGAUUUGGUUGAAGUGUCGCGUGAACUCGCCACUGCCAUGAAGGUAUUCUUGGCCGCCCCCAAGCAAGACCCACAAAACCUUGGAAAGAGUGCCAAGGACACUGCACACAUUCUCCCCAAGAUUGUCAGUAUCUCCAAGCAACUCGCUUCACUCACCACCAACCCAGACAUUAAACAAACUCAAUUACAACUCUCCAAGAAGCUUGCUGAUAAUAUGCUCGAGUUGAUGAUUGCUGCCAAGAGUGGAGAUGUUUCAGAUUCCAAGCAAGCAUUCAAUGCAUCACAAGCUAUUGCCGAUAUCUUGACCAGUGUAAAGGGAGGUGUUAUGCAAUCACGUGACUGUGACGAAGCUAUUGCUACCAUUAACAAGUCAAAGGAGAUGCUUACCAAGCCUGCCAAUGACACCCAUGGCAAGACCUACCAAGAGUACAAGGUCGAGAUGACCGAGAUUGCCAAGUCUCUUGCCCUCGGUAUUUCGGCCUUGGCCAACGCCGCAAAGUCUAGACCAGAAGAGAUUGGUGCCAACUCGAUCAAGGUUGGUUCGAUCAUCCCACGUCUUGUCGAGACUGCUCGUUCGACCGCUGCCGCCACCAACGACACCCAAGCCAAGCAAAAGUUGCUCGACUCUACCGCCGGUAUUGUUGACGGAACCGCCAAGAUUGUGCAAGAUGCCAAGCUCGCUUCGGCCGAUCACACCAACAACGAGUUGCAAGGCAAGAUCAACAACAACUUUAAGAAUAUCACUACGGCCAUUGCCAACUUGAUUUCUGCACUCAAGGCUGGUGCCACUGGUGACAGAGACAUUGAAACUGCCAUCAACAACAUCACUCACGUCACUACUGAUUUGGAUGCCGCCUCGCUCUUUGCUGCUGCCGGUCAAGUCGAUGUUGACACUGAAGGAUACACCCCACAAUCCAUCCAAGAGGAGAUUGCCAAGUUGACCGAAGAAGUACUCCAAGCCAACGCCCAAUUGGUCGAUGCCUCAACCAAGACUGUUGAAGAUGUCGGUUUUGCCUCCAAGGCUCUCGCCAAUGCCAACGACCGUCUUGCCAACGCCGUCAAGAUUUGUGCCGCUCUCACCACUGACAAUGGCACCCAACAAUCUCUCCUCAACGGUGCCCGUAACGUCAGUUCUUCAUCGCAAGCCUCUGUCGUUGCCUCCAAGCACACCCAAAGAGACCCAUCACCAGCCAACAAGAACGCCCAAAAGAGUGCCACCAAGCAAUUGGAGGAGUCCAUUCAAUCAUUGUCUGGUCUUGCUCUCUCGUCCACCACCACCAAGGGUAUUCGUGAGCUCGACUCUGUCUCUGCCGAGAUUCGUAAGCAACUCUCUGUCUAUGACUCUCCAAACGGACCAUCCAACGACAAUGCCACUGCCGAAGAUGUUGUCAGCAGUGCCAAGACUUUGGCCGAAUCGAUUGCCUAUCUCGUCGGUAGUUGCAACAAUGCCCCAGAAGAGUUGGACGGUGCUAGCAAGAGUACCAUCGCCUCUGUCAAGUCGCUCCUCGCCAACGCCAAGGGAUCGACUCGUCUCACUGACGAUGCUGUCAUCCAACAAAACGUCACUGAGUCUGCCAAGGACGCUUCCAACAAGAUUUUGAAGCUCGUCUCUGCUGCCAAGGCCCAGAGAACCGAUCCAUCCAGCUCGGCCGCCCAACAAAAGUUGUCUGAAGCCUCGACCGAAGUGGCCGAAGCCAUCAACGAAGUUGUUACUGCCGCCGGAGACUUGCCAGGUGGUGAGAGAGCCAAGAAGCUCUUCCAAGCCGGUGAGAAUCUUGAAGAAAUCGCCGAAAAGGAGCUCAAGGCUGCUGCCCAGGUCAUUGAAGAGGCCACAGCCGCCUUGCUCAGAGCCAAGAAGAAACGUGAGGAGAGUCGUCAAGCCAGCGGUGUCGAUGAAGCCGGUAUCGAUGAAGCUAUUCUCGAAGCUGCCCGUGCCAUUACCUCUGCCACUGGUAUCCUCGUCAACUGUGCCACAGCCGUCCAACACGAGCUUGUCGUACAAGGCAAGUCCAAGGGUGGAAGUGGAAGCGUCUACCGUCGUGACCCAACCUGGGCCAACGGUUUGAUCUCUGCUGCCAAGGCUGUCGCCGGCUCUGUCCAAGGUUUGGUCGUGUCUGCCAACGACUCGACCCAAGGCAAGGCUGAAGAAGAGACUUUGGUCGCUUCAGCCCGUGGUGUCGCUGCUGCCACCGCCCGUCUCGUCUCGGCAUCUCGUGCCAAGGCCGACCUCAACUCUGCCACCAAUUCACAAUUGUCACAAGCUGCCAAGCAAGUGUCCAACGCCACCUCGCAACUUGUCGAAGCUGCCAAGUCGGUCGGAAAGGACGAGCCAGAAGCCACCUCGUUUGACCCAACUGGCAUGUCGUUUACCAACAUCAAGGUACACGAAAUGGAACAACAAGUCAGAAUCUUGAAGCUUAAAAAGGAAUUGGAGCAAGCUGAAAAGAGACUCUUUAGCAUGCGUAAGAAUGAAUACGCAACCAACACUGACAACACCCCACCACCCGAACAAGCUCCAGCACCUGCCCCAGUGCCAAAGCCAGCCCCAUCCAAUAUCGUAUUCAAAAAGCCAGCUGCUGCCCCAGGCUCACCUGCCAGACCACUCCCCGUUUCACCUGCCACUGGACAACCACUCCCCAAGAGACCAGUCUCCCAAACCCUUCAACAACCAUUAGAAUCUACACCAGCACCAGCACCAGCCCCACAAUCCACCUCACCAAGAUUGGCUGCUGGCUCCCAAAUCAUCCCACUCGCCGAACUCAAGAAAAAGCCAGCCAACUUGGAUCAAAAUAACCUCGAACUCUAUCUAAGCGAUGCAGAAUUUGCAACCCUUUUCAAAAUGCCAAGAGAUGAAUUUGCUAAAUUACCAACUUGGAAAAAGAAUAGUUUAAAAAAUGCUCAAGGUCUUUUCUAA